GCUAAAGCAUCUACCCGCGGUUGGAACGUCAAAACAUCCGAACUCCUCCUCCACUUCGCUCCCCUCUCUCCCGCACGGCCUUGAAGAACGUCAAUCUCACCAGCUUUGAGCUUCCGAAGUGCCCCUUGCUCAUCGUGGACUUUCUCCCCUUAUGCUACGCCGCCGUCGUCUAUAGUGAGUGAGCAGCAAUGGCUUCGAGCCUGCCAAUUCCCGCUCCACCGCGGACGCCCACGCCUCCGACCCCUAUUCCCGAAGAUCCAGAAGAUGGACUUGGGAUCAAUGGUGGGCCGCGAACGAUGCGCUCGACCAUUACCUACGAUGCCAACUCCCUUUCCCCUCUGUCAGACACCUUCCCUGGCCGUUUUGGAUCCAUGGCCUCGCCCAUGCCGUCCUCAGCAGGCCUAGGAACGCCGUCCUUCAACUCCGAGUCAACCCUGGGACCUCCACCUCCACCUGGCUCUCGCAGCCCUUUUGACUUCCAGACACAGUCCAUCAAAGACAGCCCGGCGAUGGCAAACUCAAACAUUGGCAAACGACGAGGCCAUAGAUACAAACACUCGAGCGUGUCAGCCCAGCAUCAGAUCUUCCUCGAGCCCCCUCCACGAGCGCCUCUCGCCCUUCCAGCAUCUCUCCCGAUACCGACAUACAAGGAGGCGUGGGCAAGCAGGUCGAAGGAGCAAACGACUCGGAUUGCUUGGUGUGCAUGUCAUGCGCUGGUAGCAGCAUACGUGCUCUUCUCUGCUGAAGGCUCACUAGCACUCACAGCCCUCUCCCACCUGAUCUUCUUUGACGCUGUGUCCGCCACGAUUUGCGUUGUAGUAGAUGUGCUCAGUAACUUCGAAGUAUGGAAGCGGUCUUCAAUACGCCAUCCAUUCGGACUGGAGCGCACUGAAGUCCUAGCCGGCUUCGCCAUGUCCGUCUUCCUGCUCUUCAUGGGCUUCGAUCUUAUGUCACAUAAUCUGAAGCAUGUGCUUGAAGGAAUGGGCUCACAUACACCGCACCAUCCACAUUCGCAUCAGCGGGUAUCGCCUGGUUCGGUAGAUUCUGCUGCUGUGCUGUCUAUUGUAGCUACAUUGAUCUCAGCCUACGGAUUGAAGAAUCACGCGCGCAUAGGCAAAGCCAUGCGCUUCGCUGUGAUAUCCUCACUCCCUAGCGUGCUUUCCAAUCCCUCCCACUUCCUAACCCUCUCCUGCAGCGCAAUUAUGCUACUGCUCCCCCUUCUAACCAUCACGCUCUACCUUUGGCUCGACCGACUCCUCUGUGCCGUGAUCGCCAUCUCUAUGUUCGUGCUGGGUGUACGACUGGCCAUGACGCAAGGCCUGAUGCUACUGAUGUCGUAUUCCGGCGAAGGCGUCGGCGACGUGAUGCGCGAGAUCCACAAAGACCCUAUGAUAGCGCAAGUUGAGGAGGCAAGGUUUUGGCAGGUGCAUUAUGGGCUGUGUAUGGCGAACUUGAAGUUGAGGGUUAGAGGCGAUGAUGCUUCGGUGGGUAAGCUGAGAGAGAGGUUGAAUGUAUUGGUGAAGAAUAGGCUUGGAGGAGGGUAUGGGAAGGGAGGUGGUGUGAAGUGGGAGGUUACGACGCAGUUUACGAUUGACAAAUGA